AUGCAAUUUAAGAAGGAUGAAAUCGAGGAAUCCUUUUUAGAAUUACAAAAACCAACAAACAUCAACGAAAACAUCAAGCCAGAAAAGAACAUUUUUGGUUUUAUUCAAGAGCAAAUCGAAUUUGCAAAUUCUGCUAUUCAAGAACAAAAUAAACUGAAGCUAUUUAACUCAGUUUCGAAUAUAUCAUCUGCAUUAGCUUACAGAUUAGAAACAAAAAGUGAAAAUUCGUUUGAUUUUGAUCAAUUAAUACAAAUUAUAUCAUUUUUACUAUCAACAGAUGACGUAACACUGAUAUCAUCGGCGCUAUACUGUAUAUCAAACUUGAUUUUCUUCAAAAGAUCUAUUCCAAAACAGUUAUUUGAUAUUAAUUUUUUCGAUUUCUUCGAAUCUUUAUUUAAUGAUGAAAUUGAUGCCGAAAUAUACAAGCAAAUGAUACCACUCCUGACAAAUUUGAUUAUUUUGAUGGAAGAUGACCGCGAACACUUAGUAAAUUUAGUUGAUCUUGAUCAACUGAACAAUUUAAUAGAAAUCGAUAAUGAUUCAAUAGCACCAUGCUUUAAAUUACUCUGCAUAUACGUGACAUACGGAAAAGAUGUUCCAAAACUCGAAAUUCUUCAAUUUACAAAUUUUAUCUAUCAAAAAAUCAAACAUUUAGAGGCAAACAAUGCCGCAUUUCCCGAAAUAGUAAAUGUAUGUACAGUUAUAUUGAUUUCUGACCCAGAAUUAUACAAAGAAAUUAUUGAUUUAGAUAUAAUUUCAGAAUUAUUGUUUUUCAUCAUGCCACAGAACUUAGAACUCUCCAAAUCAUUACUAAUAUUCCUAAUUAAGGUCUCAGAGUUAGUUUAUCCUCAAAUUGCGAAAGUUAUUUUUGAAGAAAUUGAAAUUCCUCAAAUUCUUUCACUUUCGUAUUCCAAACAUCAAGACAUUAAAGAUCUUAUGAAUUUGGUACUUUCCAGCUACAUAUCCUAUUUCCCAACUCAAGAAACAAUGAAUUUAAUUUCAGAUUAUGUCAAAGACCUGAUUAAUGAAAUGAAUGCUGGAUUAUACAGAACAAAAUCAUUUGGAUGUAAUUUACUGUUUAAUUUCAUUCAAAGAUGCAGUGAUUACAAUUUGAAGAAGAUUAUCAAAUUCGAUCUCAAUUCUUUCAUUGUUGAAGCAAUAUACAGUCAUAAUGGACUUGUUUUCAACACUCUCCAAGUACUAAUUCUCUUUUUGAAAAGAAAUGAAAUCGAAUUUGAUUUUUCUGAAAUAAUUGAAGCAAUUGAAGACAACAUUGACAGUUAUCCAUCAAAAAUGCAAGAUAUGGCAGAAACCGUCCUUUCACUUUUAACUGAAGAACCUUCUACAAAUUGA